AAUAGUAGAGAUGAGAAAAGGAUUGAUUACUCAUUAGAUCAAAGAUGAUAGGUUUAGGGUAAUGGAAAUCAGAAUUAUUUGUGCUUUUAUUCUCCGUUCUUCCCAAACUCGUAGAGAACCUCUUGCUUUCUUCUUCGUGUUCUAAUUCACGCCGAAGCCCUACCUUUCAGUGUGUUAUUGGAGUAAGAGAAGUUGUUGCAAAGAUGUCCGAUGAAGGAAGAGUACACCCUGAUUGUAGAAAUGCUUCUAAUCCUUAUCAUGAAUGCACCGAAUACUGUUUUAAAGUAAUAGCUGAAGUCAAAGCCCGGAAUCAGCAAAAUGAGCCAGUUCCCACAUCAUCAGAAGGUGUUCAAGCUGGUCGAAGUAGUGGUUCUUCUAAUUUUGUGCCUCCUGAUGAGUAUGAAGAUCUUCGUGACGAAAAGCCGAAUGAAGAAGGGCACAGUGAUGGUGAUACUGACAAAUUUAGUGGUGGGGAGAAUGUGGAAGGAGACUUCACAAAACUCACGGGGAGGAAAAAGAAAUUGUUUGAAAUUAGGCUUAAGAUGAAUGAGGCGCGCAAAGCUAAUCAAACAGCAAUUGCUGCUGAAAAAAAGAAAAUGGAACCUCCAUCAGAAUCAAGAGGUAUUUCUAAACAAAAGUGGCUUGAGGAUCGGAAGAAGAAAAUUGGGAAGCUUUUGGAUGCAAAUGGCUUGGACAUGAGUAAAGCAUAUAUGUUAGAUACACAAGAGGCAGCAGAGUCCAAAUACAAGAAAUGGGAGAAGGAUCCAGCUCCCUAUGGAUGGGAUGUCUUUAACCAGAAAACAUUGUAUGAUGCAUACAAAAAGAGGACAAAGAAUGUGAAUGUUGACCUUGAGGAAUAUAAUAAGAUGAAAGAUUCUGAUCCUGAGUUCUACCGUGAGGCUUCAAGUCUUCAAUAUGGAAAGGCACCUAAGAUUUCAGAGGAUAAGAUAGACAAUAUGGUGAAAGAACUCAAGGACCGAGAGGAGAAGCGAAAGUCGUUUAGCCGUAGGAGGAAGUUUCAUGAAGACAAGGAUAUUGAUUCUAUCAAUGACCGCAAUGAGCAUUUCAACAAAAAGAUCGAGCGGGCCUUUGGUAGAUACACUCUGGAGAUCAAAAACAAUCUUGAGCGAGGAACUGCAUUACCUGAUUAAGUUUGAAAGCAAGGGAUAUUGGAGCUCCAAGGGCCUCGAAAGCUGUUUUUGCAGGUCUGCAGCUGCAGCUCACAAGUCAAUCUCAUCAAGGUACGAAUUAAGUUUCUUCUAAAUCAACAUGGUCCUCCAAGAAAGCGUAGAAACACUUAAUGGAUCGGUAAGAUUACGCUGUAUUCACUUUGUACACUUCUGAGAUAUAAGUUAUGUCAUCCACCCUCUUGAAACUAGUUUGUGUAAGGAAGUCGUUCAGUUUCAUGGUUCUUUUUACUUGGUAUUUCUUAAAAUGACUCCGCCCCAAACAGAGAGGGUCCUAAUAACACGAGAUGUUUGCAGACAAACCA